AUGGCCCAGGAUGGAGCAGUUAUGUGCUUCCAUCCUAACCAUGCUCUGUCAUGCCAACGCUAUGUUCAAGCAAUGGAGAAGACAUCACAGCUUCCCGCUUCCAAGAAUGUGAUACCUGCUUCUUUUAAUCCUUAUCAUAGUCUCUCACCCAAUGCUGGCCGGAUUCAUUUCCUCCGCAAGGGACUAACUGCUGAACCUUUGCGAUCCCAGCUUGGCAUAUAUAACAGUACUGGCUCCCUAACGCAGAAGAUAACGAAGAUGAGUAACUUUGGAAACGGCAGCUGUCUCAUCUCAGGAAGAGUAACAGCUCCGUGUACUCCACUAAGAAGUUCCCCAUGUCCCUCAGGCAAUCAAGUCCCCCUGGUAGUCCCAGUCACUGGUGGUCAGAGUUCUGUGGUGACCUUUCGCUUUAUUGAGAAGGCCAAUGUGAAAACUUUAAAUGGCUUCCCGCUGAUGGAACCCAGGAAAGAGAACGGUUUGAGCAGAAGUUUGGAAUCUGAAGAGGAUUUUCACAUUGAGUCCAAUAAGCCAAGGAGCCAAAAGACAAACGUUCAGACACAAUAUUCCUUACAGAACAAAGUCACGGCAUCCCUGAAUCCUGUCAUUUUGGAUAACAGAGUGGGCUUCAAAGCCCAGACAGAUAAAUCCUCUUUGACCGUGACAGCUGAACAGGAUCCAGUGGUUCUCAGUGGUAAGCAGGAGCGUCUUGAGUUUAAGCCAAAACCAGAGAUAUCUGCUUCAGAUCCUCUUCUUGCUGGAAACAGAUUUCUUGUAAAUGCACAGCCCGCUUUGAGUUGGGGUAAUGGAACUCCACUUUCUCUUGGUGCCAGUUGCCCUUCCAGUUCCCUCACUGAUGGGAUGAGCAGUCUAUCUAAUGAUCUCUUAUGCCAUCAAAGACACACACAGAGCAAGGAGCCACAGUACCAGGAAAGCUUGUGGGCCCAUUCACGUGAAAGCUCUGUCCAUGCCCAGCGUGUUGCCAAGGCCAAAUGGGAAUUCUUCUAUGGCUCAGUAGAAUCUCCUAAGACAGGGAUGCCGUCUCAGAGUGCACUUGAUCCUUCACCCCAGCUACUUGAGAAAUCCAAACUCUCAGUGCAACAAAACCCAGAGGAGAUGAGGCCAGAACACAGUCUAUGUCAUGUAGAGGUAGAAAUUGAGAUGACUCCACCAAAGCUUGAAAACUGUGAAACUGGAAUAAUCCGCAGAACCGUGAAGUAUUCAGAGACUGAUCUGGACUCUGUCCCCUUGAGAUGCUACCAUGAGACAAACAUUGAUGAUAUUUUGGCUGAGAAGGAAGAAGUGGAUUCAGCCAUUGAGAGCCAGAAGGACAGCGAGAGCAAUUUUAGUUCCACGGGAAUUCCAAGGAAAUUAAACACGGUUCCAAAUGACCUCUUCUUUCAGCACGCCAUGGAAGAGGAUAGCAAACCUUUAGACAACAAGAACCAGGGAAAUAAAUACGGUGAAAUAUCUGGAGCCAUGGUACAUCACCAGGAGAGGGUCAGCAACAGAAAUUCUCAAUUAAUCAAGUCUCCUGUGCCCUACUUCUUUGGGCAAAACAUUUCCAAGGAUAAUAUGGAUUCAUUCAGCAAGCAUUUUGAGAGCAUCAUGGAAUCACAUCGAGCCAAAGGAACCUCUUAUACCAGCCUAGAUUCUAUAGAUAUCCUGUCUUCUCCCACUCAUACACAAAAUGGAACUGUCUUCACCUUUGAUCUUCCGACUCUUACCCCAGAAAUUCACGAGGACUUUCAAGACAGCACUAAACUCAUCGAGCAGAAUUUUGCCCCUCUAGCUUUUCUGGAGCCAGAUUCUGGAACCAGUUCUGCCACAGAUGUUCCUUGGGCUGAACGGGAAGAGGAAGCAAAACAAAAAUGGGAAAGUAGCUUGCAGAGUCCCUGCCAUUCAGAGGGCAGUUUAGGAAUUCCUCUGACCUCCAUCAUAAGCAAGCAUCACCUCAGUCAACUGGUCUCUGACUCGGAUUCUGAAAUGGACAGCACAGAGCAACUAGCCCUGGGUAGUACGGACACUCUUUCUAGUGGACAUAAUGCUGAUCUAGAGGCCGCGAAGCGCCUUGCGAAAAGGCUGUACAACUUGGAUGGUUUCAAAAAGGCCGAUGUAGCUCGUCAUCUGGGGAAGAACAAUGAUUUCAGUAAGACAGUAGCAGGGGAGUACCUCAAGUUCUUUGAAUUCACUGGAAUGACUCUGGAUCAAGCUCUUAGAUCUUUUCUGAAGGAGCUGGCCCUCAUGGGAGAAACUCAAGAACGGGAGCGGAUCCUGGCGCAUUUUUCCCAACGAUAUUAUGCGUGCAACCCCAAAGCCAUCCCUUCUGAAGAUGGAGCCCACACACUGGCUUGUGCUUUGAUGCUUUUAAAUACAGACCUUCAUGGACACAACAUUGGGAAACGAAUGUCUUGCUCAGAUUUCAUUGGGAAUCUGGAAGGUCUCAAUCAAGGUAGCGAUUUCCCCAGAGAACUACUCAAGGCUGUAUAUAGUUCUAUCAAGAAUGAAAAGCUACAGUGGGCCAUAGAUGAAGAAGAGUUGCGAAAAUCCCUUUCGGAAUUGGCAGACCCCAACUCAAAGUCCAUCAAACGCAUCAGCAGCAGCAGCAACCCCUUCCUGGACUUCUCACAGGAUGCCAGCAUUGCUAUGUACAAGCACGGUCUCCUGGUGCGCAAAAGCCAUGCUGAGCCAGAUUGCAAAAAGACUCCAAGAGGAAAACGGGGAUGGAAGACUUUCCAUGGGAUACUAAAGGGAAUGAUUUUGUAUCUACAGAAGGAGGAAUAUAAACCUGGCCACGCCCUGGCUGAGGAAGAUCUAAAAAACGCCAUCAGUAUCCAUCAUUCACUGGCCACCCAAGCAUCGGAUUACAACAAGAGACCCAACGUUUUCUAUCUCAGGACAGCUGACUGGAGAGUCUUCCUCUUCCAAGCCCAGAACACAGAACAGAUGAAUUCCUGGAUCACACGGAUUAAUAUGGUAACAGCCAUGUUCUCCGCACCGCCAUUUCCAGCUGCCAUUGGAUCCCAAAAGAAAUUCACUCGGCCAUUACUGCCCAGUUCUUCCACAAGACUAUCACAAGAAGAGCAACUGAAGAGUCAUGAAAUCAAAUUUAAAGCCAUGGCAGCAGAACUUUUGGAGCAUCGUUCCUCCCUUCCUGAAAAGAAGGUGAAAGGCAAGGAGUAUGAGGAACUGAAGCAGAAAGAGGAGUAUCUGAUAUUUGAAAAAUUACGCUAUGGCAUUUAUGCUACGCUAAUGCGCACCAAGUUGAAGACCGGCUCUGAGGAUCUGGCAGCUUUGGAAGCCACCCUGUUUGUUACAGUCGGCAGCUCAGAAGACAGCUACAAGGAGUCCCAGUCCAGCCUUUCCCUGAACCAGGAGACAGCUGGCACAGGUUCCAAGAUAAAACGUAACAAUCAGUAACUUGAUGAUAAUGUUAUGUAUGCAGUGGAAGAUAAAAGGACCCAGCUGAUCAUUGGGGAGUACAUGAAAUUCUGGAGAUGUGGAAUAACAGGCUACUUAUAUGGUGGGAACAUUGUACGGUAA